AAACAAGAAAACCACAAAGCUCAGAGCCAUGGAGUCAAAGGUUUAUGUCCCUUUUUCUGCCGCACAAGCAGCGCUAGUAGUAGCCCAGGCCUACCCGCAUAAGCGCGCGGUUCCCAGUUCAUCCUCAGUGCCAACAGGUUCUCUUCCUAUCCGAGCUCCUUCUACCCUUGAUUCUGAUUCUGAUUCUGAAUCUGUUGGCCUCAAAACUUUUAGUACAAGUAGUAGUUGGUGUUCUUACAAUGGGUAUGAGUCUAACAAAAACUUUUUGACUGGGGAGGAGUUUAAGUCGGCGUCGGAGAGGGCUGCAAAGCCAGACGAGGAAGCCUUGGAAGAGAGUGAAAAUUUUGAACCUUUGAGGCCUUUAGUGGCAUAGCCAGAUAGGAAAAGCUUAGAAAGUUCUAUAGAAGACGAGGAAGAGAGCGGUGAAUAUGGUCCUGUUGUUGAACCUGUUUUGGUGGAUAGUCUGAACUUGAACUGGAUUAUGCCCAAAGCUCAUUUAUCUAUGGAUGAUGAUGAGGAGGAGGAAAUCGAGGGUGAAGUUGAUGAAGAUAGUGGGUGUUUGGGUAUAGUGAGGGUUCCGGAUUUUAAGGCAUUAAAGUAGAUUGAUGGUUCUCCUAGAAUUAAGGCAUUGGUGGAGUGGAGGGAUUCUAUAACUGUCAAACAAUCUGAGCCUCCCAUGGAGGUCAAGGUUGUGGAGGUUGAUAAAGUUGUUGAAGCACAAAAUGGGGUUUUGGGUGUUGGAAUAGAGAAGGCAUUGGUUGUGGAGAUGCCUGGUGAGGAUACUGCAUCGGCUGAAGUGAGUCAAGACAUGGGUCCUGGUGCUGCAGAGGCGGCUUAUGUUGAGUCUUUGAUUGCAAAUGGGGAAUAUGUUAUGGAGAAAAAUGGGAAGUUGGAUGAGGAUGCUAAGCAUUCUGGUGAAGAAAAAGGAGUAUACAAGGAGGGGAUUGAAUUGAAUGCUGCAGAUGGAGGGGAGUGGGAGAUUAUGGGACUAAGUGAGGAUGCUGAUCCAACCAUGAAAUCCACAACCCAGAGGGAUUUAGUGGCAGAUGCUGAAGAGGCCAAUGAAGUAAUGGAAAAAGCUUCUAUUACAAUCAAUGAAACUGAUGUAGUACGCUCAGACACUGAAGAUUGUAUUCAUUCCAAUUUGUGUAAAGGAAAUAGAGGUGCCGCUCAGCUAGAGAAGCACAGUGCUACUACCAUGGAACCUGACCUUCUGGAAUUGAGUUCUGGAGUGGAGGAAAGUGUCAAAUAUGUGGCAAAAGAACCUAUGUUUAUCCAAAACAGUGAAAGCAGCAUACUUGAUGGUAGUGAAAGUUUUGAUCUUGACAACAGGAGUCAUAGUGAGAAACUAGAAAGCAAAUUCCAGCCUGGAAUUGAAUUGGGAGUUGAAUACCAUGAUGCCACAGCUUCCACCCAAGUUGAAUCCCUUAGUAAUGGGCCUGAGGGAAAUGAACUUACUCAUUCUAAUUCCUCUGAAAUUGUGAUACUGAGUUCCAAUGUGGCAUAUGAACUGAAACAAGUGAAAAAGUAUGAAGCAAAUACUGAUCCAGACGCAAUAAAGGAAGCAGCAGAAGGGAAUGGAGGUUCACUGCCUGCUGAAGAUGCCCAAGGUUUGAUUUUGGGAAGCUCUGAAACAGCCAAGACAUUGAUGCAUGAAUUUGAGCAGAGACUAAUUUCCUCUGAUGAGGAAGUGAAGGGUCUUCAGGAUCAUUCGCAAAGGGUUGGUGGACAGAUUGCCAUUGACUCAGAUGAGGAAGUGGACGAAGAUAGGGAUGGGGAAAGAAAGCGAUUAUUUAAUUUUGUUCCAUUGGAGGCUUUUCUGAAAGCGGUAACCGGUGAUAAUUAAGAGGAGCAUUCUACUUGCAUAGAAUCCUUAUUCCAUUCUGCUCCUAGACUAAAUCGCCCCGGCCCAACAGCUGGGGAUGAAUUUGAGUACAACCUAAGUGAGGAAGAAAAGAAGAAAAUUGAGAAGAUACAACUCCUAAGAGUGAAAUUCUUGAGGCUUGUACAGAGGCUAGGCACUUCUACUGAAGAUUUCAGAGUUUCAAAAGUUUUAUAUAGGUUUGUCCUGGAUGCAGCAAGGAGGUACUCUAGUCAGACAUUUAGCUUUGAGUCAGCCACAAAGAGGCUGGCUAUGCAACUUGAACCAGAGGAUAAAGAUGAUUUAGACUUCUCAUUAAAUAUUCUGGUUCUUGGCAAAACUGGUGUGGGAAAGAGUGCAACUAUUAAUUCCAUUUUUGGUGAGAAAAAAACAAUGGUUGGUGCAUUUGAACCUACCACAACAACUAUGAAAGAGAUUGUUGGAACAAUUCAUGGUAUCAAGAUAAGAUUCCUUGACACGCCAUGUUUUAGGUCUUCUGCGACGGAACAAUCUAUCAAUGAAAAAAUAUUAGCAUCGAUCAAGAAGUUUUUGAGGAAGUUCCCUCCAGACAUUGUACUCUACGUAGAUCGUUUGGAUACCACUCAGAAUAGAAAUCUUAUUGAUUUUCCACUGUUAAAGUCAAUUACUAGUUCUCUUGGUUCAUCAAUAUGGUUAAAUGCUGUUGUCACUCUGACUCAUGCUGCUUCUGUUCUCCCAGAUAGACAAUCUGGGUCACCCCUAGACUAUGAAAAAUUUGUUCGUGAACAAUCCAAUGUUAUUCAGAAGUCCAUCAAUGAGGCAGUUGGUGAUCUAUAAUUGAUGAAUCAAAGUUGCAUGUGUCCUGUGUCCCUAGUUGAAAACUAUCCAUUGUGUCAAAAGAGCAGUUCUGGGGAAAGAGUGCUUUCCAAUGGACUUAUCUGGAGACCCCAUUUAUUACUUAUGUUUUACUCAAUAAAGAUCUUAUUUGAAGCAACUCCUAUAUUACUACCUCAAAAGGCGGUUGAUUACCAAAAGCUUUUUCGAAUUGGGUUCUUCCUACCCCCAACCUAUUUCUUGGCUUCUCUUCUGCAGCCGCAUGUGCAUCAACUCUCUGGUGUUCAGGGAGGUGAUGAUGUUGACUCAGAUACUGAGUUGUUGAAUUUAUCGGUUUCUGAGGAAGAAGAUGAGGAUGAGUAUGACCAGCUUCCACCAUUCAUGCCUCUGAAGAAAUCUCAAAUUGAUGAGCUCAGCAAGGAGCAAAGAAAAGCUUAUUUUGAUGAGUAUGAUUAUUGGGUGAAGCUCCUUCAAAAGAAACAGUUAAAACAGAUGAAAAGGUUGACAGAGAUAAAGGAGAAAGGCAACAAUUAUGUUUCCAUGGAGGAAGAUGAGGACCAGGAGGAUGGAAGUCUAGCGGAUGUGCCAGCUCCCUUACCUGACAUGGUCCUCCCGCCUUCCUUUGAUGUAAAUUAUCCUACAUUCAGAUAUCGUCUUUUGGAACCUGUGUCUCAGCUUCUUGUGAGACCAAUUCUAAGCACUGACGGUUGGGACCAUGAUCUUAGGUAUGAUGCUAUCAUGCUUGAAACAAGACUUGUGAUUGCUGGUCAAUUUCCUGCUGAUUUUGGAUUUCAGAUCAUGAAGGAUAAAAAAGAGUUUAGUAUGUACUUGGAUUCCUCAAUUGCAGCAAAGCAUUGGGAGAAUGCAUCAACGAUGGCAAGGUUCAACAUUCAGACCAUUGGAGGGCAGCUUGCCUACAUCCUAAGAGGAGAAACCAAAGCAAAAAACUUCAAUGUUAACAAAACAACUGCUGGGGUGACUGUCACUUUUUUAGAUGGGAAUGUGGCCACUAGACUCAAAUUCGAAGAUCAAACUGCUGUUGGAAAGCACUUACUUUUGGUGGGAAGUACUGGAGUUGUCAGAUCUCAAGAUGAAACAGCAUUGGGAGCAAACUUGGAAGUACGCCUCAGAGAAGAUGAUUUCCCUUUAGGGUAGGACCAGUCCAUGUUUGGUAUUUCUCUGGUUAAAGUAAGAGGUGACAUGUCUCUCAUGGCCAAUCUACAGUCUCAGUUCUUCAUUGGACGGAGUUCUAAAAUUGCUAUCCGUGUUGGAUUGAACGACAAACGAAGUGGGAAGAUUACUGUUAGGACAAGCAGCUUUGAGCAACUCCACAUUGCACUGUUUGCCAUCCUUCCAAUUGCAGUCUCCAUCUUUAGGAGCAUCUGUCUUGGUUUUGGUGUGAAAAACUAACCGAAUUACUAGGUGGUGUUGGUUAUUUUGAGAGGCUAAAGGCUUAGUGUAAGCAAGUUACUAACCUCUUUCUAUAAUAACAUUUAGUCUACAGUUCUUUUAGCUUAUUUGGUCGGUCUUAUGAUGAACUAUAACAUUAACGAGAUGAAACUUACAUA